AUGUCAACGACACAGACCCAAAUGGCACCCUCUACGCGCAUCACCACCACCUCCUCCACCUCCUCCUCCAACGAGCCCGAGAUCCCUCAGCUCACGUACACGGUCGCGCAGACGACAGAAGAGAAGCGCGACGCCCUGCGCCUCGUCGCCGACACCAUCGCGCAGCAGCGCCAGGUCGCCUCCACCACCAUCAUCUUCCACCCGGCCGUCCUCGGGCCCUUUGCCGCUCUUCUCUCCGCGCUCGUCUACCGCAGCCGGCACGACUGGGUCGGCGCCGUCAUUUUCGUCGCCGGCGUGCUGGUCGCCUACCUGGCCGCCGUGCAGUACUUUACCUACGGCUACCUGCAGCGCGCCGAGGCCUUCAACUGGAAGGCCUUCAUCACCCCGGAGGAGGGGGAGGGGGAGGACACGGUCAUGUACGCGCGCUACGGCGAUAGCAUCAUCGCCACGCUUGUGCUGCGUCUGGGCAAGGCUACCAAGACAAAUACCUCGUCGAAGAAGAAGGGAAGCCGCUCGGCCGCGCAGAUUCGCGCGUGGGCUACGCGUCUGCGCUACCGCGGCACCGGCGUCGGCGGUGACAUGCUGCGCAACGCGGUCGCAUUUUCCCGCUCCUCGCUCGGCCUGGCGGCCUCGAUCGAGUUCAGCGAUCCUCAUGCUCAUACUGUCGAUACCACCAAGCGCUUCACCGCGCCCUUUGCGCGCCGUGAAGCGAAGGCACGCCAGGCUCUCGCUCAGGCCAUCGAGGAUGUCGACGCAGCCACUGAUCAAUAA